AUGCAAUCUCAAGAAGGAGCUGGAAAUAGCUGGGGGAGCUAUUAUAGGUCAAUCGCCGGACUGGCAGAUUCCCCGGAGGAGGGCGGGCGGGAAAGAGGAGGGCGCCGGAAAAGAAUUACCGACUUUCUGAAAACCGCAAACGAGUUGAGACAGAGCUACACAUCUGGGUACACGAACAGGUCCGCGGAGCUGGAAAAGGAACCUAUGGACGGUUCGGGGGACCAAGGGAAUUGGCCCGAUAUAGAGGUUAUGAAGGGCGGCGAUGAAGAGCUAGUCUUAUUCCCGUGUUACGCUAGAGAACGGCCGCCAGGCCCGCAGGGAAAACCGUCUUUUCAGAUGAACUUAGGGAAAGAAGAGGAUUGGUGGGGCGAAGAGCAACCUACCGAAAGGGAUGAUAAUAUUGUCGACGUCGAUGUUCGUGGAUGGCUUUUUGCUCCCCACUCUGUUCCAUUAAGCAGAAAAAACCGCUAUCUGAUCUGGGUUGCCCGGCAGCUUUGCGGUCUUCCUGUGCAGGCUUCCCAGGCAGCUGGGCCAACACCCGCGGAAGCAGAGGCUACAAGUAAGGCUGCUGCACCCACAGAAGCUAAACAUACAACCCGAACCAUCAGCUCAAGCACUGAACUAUUACAAGUAUUAGAUCUUCAACACACCAAAUCAACACCUACCAUCAGCGCAAACCUUGCCCUCUCAAGUACACAAGCUGAAGCUCAGCCAGAUGCCAGUGCGGCCCAUAAUGCCCUGAUAUCCCGAUUGGCUCCAUUCAUGCACCGCCCUAUUCCUUCGGUGCCAAUCACCCUCUUCUUCUAUAAUUCCAAAAUGUCACUAUCUCGUAGGCUCCGGACAUCCGAUGCCGGCCAUUUCUUCACCCGGGUAGCACUUCCUUUCAUGCCCACCCAUAUUAAAGUCCUUGCGUCAGAGACCCUCUCCGCCAAUGAAAAAGUUGUGCUUCACCGCGCGGAAGGUUUUUCUGUUAUCUCUGACAUUGACGACACAGUAAAGCACUCCGCAAUUUCGAUGGGUGCUCGUGAAAUGUUUCGUAAUACGUUUACAGCUCCACUACCUAGUCUCACUAUUCAAGGUGUCGCGGACUGGUAUUCGAAGCUUGCAGAAGAACCCUAUAGUGCUAAUUUCCACUACAUUUCCAAUAGCCCUUGGCAGCUGUAUCCUGUUCUCAAGGAGUUUUUCCAAGAAGCUGGCCUCCCGCCAGGAAGUAUGCACCUGAAGCAAUACUCGGGAAUGUUACAAGGUAUUUUCGAACCUGUCGCAGAACGCAAGAAAGUUACUGUGGAGAGAGUCAUCCGAGACUUCCCGAACCGAAAGUGGGUGCUUGUUGGCGAUUCAGGGGAGGCAGAUUUAGAGGUCUAUACAGAAGUUGUCCAGAAGUUCCCUGGAAAAGUGCUCGGUGUUUUCAUUCGGGAUGUCACGAGUACUGAUGAAGGGAAAGGCUUCUUUGAUGCCGAUUAUCCUGGAAGUACCAAAUCAGAACCAUUAAUUGGGAGCAAAGGGUACGAAAGAAAGCCUCUUCUUCCCCCGCCGCCUCCACCAAGAAGUUCAACUAUCUCGUCGGUACUUGAGGGUGAUUUACUUGGGCUUGGUGGUCCACUCUCGACUCCUCGUUCCGAGUCUCAAGCCUUGAUGAAUAGCAACAGGACGCCUCCACCCCGCCCCCCAAAGCCCCGUGAGCUCCGAGGGGUACCAAAAACUUCCUCAUCUUUCUCACCGUCUACUAUACAUACCGAUGUUCUGCGGACACCACAAACCCCACCGCCACCGCUGCCUCGUCGAAUAGCAGCCACUCUUGAGCAUCAAACAAGGUCCCCCUCUCCUACCCAAUCACAAGAGAGCCUCCUUAGCAAGAAAGAAGGGUUAUGGAGAAGGCGAUGGGAGCGGGCACAAGAUAUCUGCGAGGAGAACGGAGUGAUCUUGAGACGGUGGAAAGUUGGAAGCGAUGUUGAAGCGGAAUGCAGGGCGGUAGUGGAAGAGGGUCUUUGGGGACGAUAGCACCGGAAAAUCCUUUUACUUUGUUUAUCUCUUGUUUCCCUUUCUGUAAUCCCUAGGCAUUGAACCGUCUUUUCUUGGCUUGACCAUUUCUUUGGGUAGCUCAGGAUUCGGCUGGAAUAGGUUAGAAUGGGUUCUGACCUGAGAAUGAACCAAAUCGCGUAUACUAUUCAAUUUUUGA